AUGGAGAAGAGCCACCAAGAAAACAUGGAGAGGAUGCGCAAGGUCCUGCUGCAGUACAAGCUGGCUGAACUAAAACAGAUGGAGGCAGGAUCUGCCAUCAAAGCUGCCGCUGCAGCUGCAUCCUCGGAAGCAGCCUCCUCUCCGCAGCCUGAAAACCGGAGCAUGAGCAGUUCGCCCCGCUCGAGCCAGGAGAGAGAGAAGCAGUUCCUGAAGCUGCUGAGGCAUGUGGUGAGUGUGGGAGAUCCAGAGAAGAAGUACGCCAGGUGGAAACGUAUUGGCAGUGGGGGUUUUGGCACUGUUUAUAAGGCCUUCAACGCUGCCACAGGACAAGCGGUGGCCGUAAAGCAACUUAAUCUCCAGCACCAGGGCUGUGAGGAAGUGUUAAAGGAAAUCCUGGUCAUGCGAAAAAAUAAGAACCCCAAUAUUGUCACCUACUUUGAAAGCUACCUUGUCAAUGAGGCUGUCCUGCUGGUGUUGGAAUAUAUGGAUGGAGGCUCCUUAGCUGAUGUGGUCUGCAUGAGAAGGAUGGCUGUAGGACACAUGGCAACAGUGUGUCGGGAGGUGAUCCACAGAGACAUCAAAAGUGACAACAUCCUUCUGGGCCGGGAUGGCUCCGUCAACCCUGAGCAGAGUAAACGGAAGUCGAUGGUCGGGACCCCCUGCUGGAUGGCACCCGAGGUGGUGAGAGGAGAGCCAUACGGCCCCAAAGUGGACACCUGGUCCCUUGGCAUCGUGGGAAUAGAAAUGGCCAAAGGAGAGGCUCCUUAUAUUCGGGAAACCAGUGACAGGGCUAAUUACCUGAUAGCCAAGCGAGGGGUGCCAAAUCUGCACAAGCUCAGGCUACCCCGUGGCUUGUGUGAAUUUCUGGGCUGCUGCCUGCAGAUGGAUGCGGACAGGCGAGGCUCUGCCAAGGAACUUCUGCAGGAGCCGGAAGGGCAGCGUUUGGAGGCACAGCAGCGGCUGGCACAAGGGGCAAACUUCCUUGCAGAGGUACAGAAGGAGCAGGAGAAGAGGCUGCUUGAGAUGAAGCAGGAAGUUGCCAGCAUGCAAGCUGUACAAGAAGAGAUCGCCUUAGACGUGGAAGGAAUCAAGCGCACGGUUCGAGAGAGAAGUCCCAUGGCGCAGUUCACAGCCUUGUGGGGUGUGGAGGAGCCACUGUUGCCUGCAGGGACCUGCCCCCCCUCCACGCCCUACCUAGGUAGCUACAGUCACUGCUUGGACUGCACCCUUCACUUUGACCUGAGCCAAGUCCCGCUAGGAGAGGUUCUUGCCACUCAGGACUCCUCGGCCCAGGAUGGAAAGGCUCAGCAGCAGGAGAGCAUGGAUAGAGUGCGCGGCAUCCAGGAGUUCAGAUGGAAGGAGUUGGCUGCAUUUGAGAGAAAGCACCACUCCUCCCUAGAGAGGGCGUCUGCAGUGGUGGCACAGACAGAGGAGCAGUGGCAGCCUCAGAGGGAUCUGCUGAAGGAAGAGCUUCCUCUGGCAGUGCCAAAGGUUUGCCGCCGACAGCGGCCAGCCCGCAGGGGUCUGGAGAAGCUGCUCCAGGAAUUCUCUCGCCAAGGGCACACACUGUCCCAGGUGUGCAGAGAGAAGGCGGUGCUGGCGCAAGAGAACGCUGCCCUGGAAGCCCGACUGGCAGCCACGGAGCGGGACCUACGAGGCCUUUCAGAGCAGCUGGCAGAGGCCAGGUCAGAGAAGGAGAGCCUGCAAGGCAGCCUGCUGGAGGCUCAGCAGCACAUAUCGGAGCUGGAGAUCGCCAGGAGCCGUGUGCAAGCCCAAGUGCGCGCAGCCACGCAGGCCAAGGAGGCGAUACUCGGUGAGAGCCUCGUGCGCUUUGUUUCUGCUGGUGGCCCUGCCCUGUGCAGUUGCUCCCAAGCCAGCUCUGUCCGCAGGGCUUCUGUGGAGUGA